CCUUGCAUCUCUGCCUCCCUAGGAGCGGCUAUUGUCUGCUCCGCCGAAAAUUGGUCGCUGGCAAGCAGGCAGUAUCACUUGGCUAGGUUGACAUUGAUCCAUCUGACUUGGGUCGUCCCCACCACCGCCGUCUCAUAUUGGCUGCAUGAUACCGGAGCAUCCCCGAUCGGAGCCUAGUCAAUGACCGAAUAAUCAUGAAGCGUUCUUCAUAUGAUGCCGACCUGGAGUCACCGCGGCCACAUGAACGCCGCCCUUCGCUUGUCCUCGAUGGACGGCCUGCGCCGCCCAAAAUUUCCAAGGCCCGUGCCUGUGCAGAAUGUAAGCGUCAUAAGAUACGCUGCGAAUUCAAGAAAGGCGAGACGAGCUGCACCAAGUGCAUCCGCAGCGGGAUCAAAUGUGUAAUCAACGAUUUUUCGCAGAAGUUCGUCGACGACGAUGUGAUGUGGAAAUCACAAGCAUCGGCUACCAUACAGCAGCUUCAAGCAGCUGUCUCGCAUCUUUUACAGCACGGAGGUCUACCGGAUCUCUCGACAUACAUCACUGGAGACAUCCAGAGUGGGCCCAGUCCAGUCGCAUCCCAGUCCGAGCGCCGUCUCUCAUCUGAGACAUCCCCAUCGGAUGUCAAACCCAGCGAGCCGGGGAUUGUCAUGGAUGUAACACGAGAGCCUUCCCAGGAACCAGAUCUACAAGACCGAGAAUUGGUGCCAGCACCAAUGCGCAGUCUUUAUGAAGUCACCAAGCUUCGCAACCUGCGAAAUAACCCAAUAGAACAACCCAAGCUGACCCUUCUGGAGGAGGACUUCAUAUCUAGAGGACUGAUUUCGCUCCAUGAGGCCGAAGAGCUUUUUGCUUAUUUUAGCAGGACAAUGAACCAGCUUCUCUGGGGAGGGAUUGUCUUAGUGCAUCGUGAUCUCACCUCGGUCCGUCGAGCAUCGACGUUACUAUCCGCAGCUGUCCUAACAGUCGCUGCGCUUCAUAUACCGAAUCGGACCGAGACACUGAACCGUUGUUACGGUGAAUACGUGUCUCUUGUGUCGAGCAUGUCUUUAACACGGGCACACACCCUCGACGAUAUCCGCGCUCUCUGUGUCGGAGCCUUCUGGUUAUCGGAACUGAGUUGGAAGCUAUCUGGGCAUGCUGUUCGUAUCGCCACAGAAUUGGGUCUCCACCAAAGCUAUCAAAAAAUGAUGCGUGGCCAUAACGAUCAAUACGAGCGCGCUCAGCUAUGGUAUCUUCUGUAUGUGUGUGAUCACCAUUUUAGCAUCGCCUACGGCCGGCCACCCGUCAUCCAUGAGGAUGCAGCAAUCAAAAAUUACGAGUCAUUUCUCCAGUCACCCCUGGUAGUACCCGGAGACAUCCGACUAUUAGCGCAAGUGGCCUUGUUCAUGAUUCUGACUGAAGCAUAUCGAACAUUUGGCAGUGACACCGAACAGGCUCUCACAGAAGAACACUUUGGACAAUUGCGGGUCUAUAAUGUAGCCAUAGACCAGUGGCGGCUUCUGUGGCAACCGCGAUCUGCUGACAGCCCCUAUGUGCGUACAUAUCCCUCGAAAGGCGUUGUACUCCACUACCAUUUCGCAAAGUUCCAACUCAAUUCCCUAUCCCUACGAGCCCUGUCGCCUUCAAACACCCCCGUGUUCUCUAUGGACCGCAAAGAGUCGGCUAACAUUGCCAUCUCAUCCGCUAUGGCUUGCUUGAAUAUGGUGUUGGAGGAGCCAGAUAUUCGUGAUGCCAUCGUCGGAGUGCCAAUCUUCACUCACACAAUGGUCACAUUCUCCGCCGUGUUCCUUCUCAAAGUCGCAGUGAACUGGAAUUCUGCCUACCUCAGCCUCGACGGCCGCCAGGUACGACGUCUGGUGGAGAGGGUGAUUGAACUACUCAACUGUGUCUCCGCAGGGGAAAGGCAUCUGACGAGGCAUAUAGCUCGGGGCCUUGGCAAGAUGUUAGAGCGCUUCGACUCUUGGGACGCAUGGCAGGCGGGUGGACCUUCUGUUGCAACAUCUGGGACAGUCGACCGACCAGGGAGUAGUGAUGUUCCUGGUGGUGCCAAUGCUAUGGCUCAGGGAUUCCCACCUCCGGAUCUGAUCUAUGACAUGGUUGGCACGUAUGGAUUUGGAUUAGACGAGAAUCUACUGGACCCUAGCAUGGCUAGUUUCGAGUUUCUAGCACAAUGA